AGAUACCUCUCUAUGAUGACUGCAUUCUCUUUAGAACUGUGGUAUUAUUUUGGAGGGGAAUUCCAAGGACAUCACAUUUUAAGACCACAAGCGACUGGAUGACAUUGAAUAGUGUUGAAAACAAUUAAAAAACAUGUUCUUUUUUAAUAAUUUGGCGCAAUUAAAUAAAUUUAAGAAUACAUUACCAGUAGAACAAGUCCUCUAAGGAGUUUUGAUUUACCAAAAUGAUGAGAAAUGACAGGAAAAACGCUGAGAGAUUAUGUCCCCAUCUGAAGAAAAUUAUGUUCCAUUAGUUAAAACAUUGAACAAGAACACCAGAAAAUUGAUUAAAAUCAUCAAAUAGCUUUCUUUCUGUAGAUAUUCAUUUCAGAGAAAGCUUGCGCUAUUGAAAAUUGCUUCAAAAAGUGCAUUUUCCAGCAGACUAGAAGCAUCAAAAUUCGAGAGUUUUCUUCUCCUUCGGCGUAUAGUUAUAUCCUGGGCUUGUUGUUGUUCCGAUAUAUAUACAUAUAUAUACACAGUGUAUUGUGGUGGGACGGUGUCAGCAACUCAGUGUAAUGUUCAUAACCUAAAGGUACUACAACGAAUAGCAUACUCUAUUUUAAAAUGCUCUAUCUCCCCUCAUUUGAAGGUCUUUCAGUGCGCCACAGAUAGCUAGAUACAGAUCUGCGUGCUUCCAAUCUCUUGCACUUUUCUGCAUGUUUUCAAAACUUUGAAGGAGAAUUUGAAGGAAAGAUAGCUAAAUGAGGGGCGCCAUUUUGACCUUCUGCCCCCUUGCGACUUCAUCCCCAGCACGCCACAGUUGAGAACUUCUAGCAAUGACAGAUUUUUGAGGUAAUAAAUGAAUUGGCUAGUUUCUUGAAAAAUUCCCAUUUUCAAUUGUUCUGAUCAAUACAGGGUAUGGUUUUUUUCAAAAUUGCAGGCUAAAUCAAUACUGAUAGUAAAAUUUAAACUUCUUAUCCAGAAAUUCACCUUGCCUGUUUAAAAUAGUUCAAUUCAACUUAACCCCUGUCAAAAAGAAAACAAACGGUGUAAUGGUGCAAUUUGAGAUCCAGGGCUUCACAUUUAAAAACGCUUAGAAGAUGUGCCUGCUCCAGAGUUCGAAUUUUAACAAGGUCUCAGAUUUUUCAUUUUAAAUCCCAAAAUUCCUAAGCUUUAAAAUUCAUAUAUUUGGCCAUGAGAGUUAGAAAAAAUUCCAAGUGAACUGUUAAGUUUUCCAACGGUCAUUAGAUUUUCCAACCUUUUGGUGGCGUCACGCCCUCACGUCCCCUAUUAUUUACGUGCCUGGCUGUAGGAAUCCUGAAUUUUAGCUCAUGGAACUUUAAACGCGUUUUGAGAAAUAAUGUCGACAAAAUUGUAAAACCGCUUAAAAAGGAGUUUUACAAACGUGAGUUCGUUGUAGGCAGAAAUGUUCAAAAACACGGCAACAGCGGAUAAAAUCGAAAUUCGUCUUUUUACGGCAAUGAUUCGACUAACGACUGAAAACAACAAGUUCGACAAAUAACGACACGGCUUUAACAGGCACGAAGAAACUAGCGACAGAGCUUCUAGCAGUACGACAAAAGUUUCGAUAAGACUAAACCUUAUUUAUGAAACAAUCACUUAUAUACCCCUAGCAGAACCUUGAAAUGAUAAUUACGUAAUGCAAAAAAACAUUCACAGACGCUGAUGCAAUCACAGCACAAUGAUGCAAUUGUCACGUGAUAUUGUCCGUAAGGGAACCCUGUGUCGUAACAAAACUAUAGAGAAAUUGAUAUAAAAGGAGCUACAAUUCGAAACCCUUAUACAUGGUAGAAGCUCUAUUAGCCCCCCUCUCUAUUAAAUUCCUUCUCUAUUAAGUCUCCCCUUAUCAAGCAAGGACUUUAAAUAAGCCCCCUCUCUAUAAAGUCCCCCAUUUUAGCUUUUGAUGUCAAAAAUAGAAAUCAUGCGCAUUUAGUGAGUCUCUUGACGGUGUGAUGAUGAUAAGAUCGUGUGCAUAAAUACGGCCCAUGUAAACACUAACUUGUGCGACUUAGUAGUCAGUCGAAAUUUGUUUUGAAGAUGUCGAAGGGUUAUCAAUUUAUCCUGGUGAUGUUGAUUCAGAUGAGGACCUCAUAAUUGAUUGAUUAAACUUUCGAAGCUGCUAGCGAAGUUUUUUGAGAAUAUUUGUAAGGCAUUUUCAUAACAAAAAUGGCAAAGGGUGUUUUUAAAACUUUUUCUGCUUCAAAUCUUUUAUAAACCCCCUUUCUCUAAUAAGCCCCCUCUCUUUUGAGCCCCUCUCUAGGACUGAAAAAAUUAAUAAGCCCUUUGAGCCCCCUCUGGGUAGCUUGUGCUCCAGACCCCUAACACCUAACUUGAAAGUAGAGGGUCUGUGUAAUGGAGAGCAUAAUCGCGUACGAGGAUUGAAUUGAAUUGUUUGCAUAAUUAUCACAGAUCUGUGUAAUCAUGCAAGAAGAAUCGCUUCAAGAAGAAAUUGUUGAUCGGUCGUGUUGGUAUGAUAUAUAGAUUUAUUUGAAAGAAGAAAAGUUUUGAAAAUGCUGCUCUGCUAUUUGAUGAUGAAGAUCUUCGUUGGGAAACGUCAUGCCAAUCUUACAGCGGUUGAUAGGGAGUGAAUCUACGGCAGCAAUCGAAGUAAAAUUGCCUUGAGUAGACAUUUUGUUUUGCAUGGUAGAAGAUGAUUAUUUACUAUUUUGACUUGAAUGUAAUGUAAAGAAGGAUUUUUUGGACAAGAUCUGGUGAAUACGAUGAAGGAAACACGACUUUCAGAGUAGCGAUAAGAAAUGGAAACCGAAAAGUAAACAAGACGCUUUGCCUUCAAGCCGUAGAAAAUGAUCUCUGCUUACAAACGCAAGUCUACAGACAGUGGAAAUUGCUUAAGACUCGUGAAACAUUUAACAUUGAUCCAGACAGGGCUACCCAACUGAGUAGACUAAUUUCUUUAGCAAUGUGAGGCAGUAGGCCUAGGCCUGUGCCUUGUACUUUUCGGGUUUUUGAAGUGUUUCCAUCCUCGCGUCGGGCAACAAUUAUCUAGGCGUCAUGAUAUAUUCAAGGCUUCAGGCAUCAUUGUGACAUUGUCUGACAAAAUAAAAAGAAACUUUGAAUUUGCACCCUAUGAUUUGCAUAUAUUUCUUUUCGCUAUUUGAAUGUGUGAACUGCCCCGGCAAAUUGAGCUCUGUCCACGCUGUUGUUCACUUUUGUCUUGUGAAUGCCGCAUAGUUUUUUGCACAAUUAAUUUUCCCAGAGAUCCUGGGAAACGCUCGCACGCGAUUUUGCUCUCGGUUACACCAUAGUUGAUAAAAGGAAUGGUUUGGAAACAAGGAAGAUUGCGCAAUAUGUUAUUGUUCUGAAUUUCUUUGAUCACAUGACCAAACAACAUCCAAGGCACUGUUCUAGCAUGGCGGACGGCCGAUACAGAACAAAAUCAUUAUGGUAAACUGUGUUUUUAACGGAUGUCAUACUAAUCGGGCAAAUAAAUCUGGAAAGUACGAUAAUAUUUCAAUCUUCAAGAUCACCGCGCGUUCUGGUAAAUUUUAUUUAGACUGGAAAAGAGAUAUCCUCAACAUAAUCACAAAGUAUCGGCAGGUGGAUGCUGAUUUUUCCCAACAAAUCGAGAGAGGACAAAUAUAUGUUUGUGAAAAUCAUUAUGAGCCUGAAGACAUUGAAAUAACAGAACAAGGAAGGAAAGUACUACGUCCAGGAGCCCUACCAAAAAGGAAUUUACCAAUAAAGAGUCAUCCUUCUAGAGAGAUUGUUGCCCGGAGACACAUAGAUAUUGUAAAAGAAAGAAUAACUGAAGAUUCUCAAUGUGCUUAUAAGGACUUCACAAGCUUGCAGAAUGCACUUCAAAGAAUCAAUUUGGAAGGAUGGUCUGUUACAUAUGGUGACAAUUCAAUUCAAAUUAAUUUGAAUGAUCAAACUAAUGCCUUGCCAAAGUACUGCUUGAUCAUUGAGAAAAAUUUGAGAUUUACAAUUGCAGUUUUCAAUUGGAAAUUACCAGAAGGCAGUCAUAUAUAUCAAGAUGCACAAAGAUCAUUGAAGUAUUUGAAGUUGUCAAAACUUCUUUCAAAGAUAUCAGGUGCUGUGAUAUGCACUGGUGUGACAAAUGCAGAUGCAAAGACAAGUGCUUCUCUCCAUGUAGUUCCAUCAAUCUUAGAUGUAACUAAUGAUAUUCCUUUUCAGUAUACCCAGUACUACAGGGCACCUACUUGCUAUGUCCUCCUGGAACCAGGCACAAGUGAAAGUUGUAAUGAUUGCAAGAAAUUUGAAGGAAGGGCCAUACAAGCUUACAAGGUAAAGACAUCACUGCAAGAGACAGCUGUAAAGAGUAGAGCACCUUUAACAGCAACAAGUCAUUCAAGACUAAAGGCCACAGUGUUUAGUGAAAGAAUGAAAUGUGGACUUUUGGAGGAAAAAUUGAGAGAGAUGGAUAAAGAAAUUCAGUCAUCAUCUGUUCAGCUAGAUGAUGAGUUGACCACCGAUAUCAAUAAGAUAAUGUCAGAAAAUCUUGAGAGUGCCUCACCCUUUAUGACAUUAUUUUGGCAGGAACAAGUCAAGUAUUUUAAGCAAGGGUCUAGACGGUUUCAUCCAAUGAUUAUUCGAUUUUGUCUAUCAGUUGCUGCAAAAUCAGGUUCCGCUUAUGAUGAGCUGAGAAAUUCAGGGAUUCUCUGUCUACCAAGUCGAAGAACUUUAAGAGACUAUCGUAAUGCUAUUCGACCUCAGGUUGGAUUCAAUUCAGGUGUCAUCAAUGAACUUAGGGAGGCUGUUGAAAGCUUUAAAGGUCACCAGAAAUUUGUUUGUGUUUCAUUUGAUGAAAUGAAGAUAUCGGAAGGCUUGGUAUUUGAUAAAUAUACAGGUGAACUAAUUGGCUUCACAGACUUAGGAGAUGGUGAAAUAAAUGAAGCAUGCCUCCAGAAAGAGAAGACCCUUGCAACGCAUGCACUUUUAUUUUUUGUCAGAGGAAUUUCAUCUGACUUGAAGUUCCCAUUAGCCUAUUUUGCAACAGAUGGUAUCACAAGUAGCCAAAUUCUUCCUCUGUUUUGGAGAUGCAUUGCCAUUUUAGAGUUAAACGUCAAAUUAUGUGUCAUUGCCACAAUAUGUGAUGGAGCAACACCCAAUCGUAAGUUCUUCAAGUUACACAAAGGCCUUGAUUACUGCACAGAUAGUGAAGUGGUUUAUCGUACUGUAAACGUUUUUGAUCGCAGAAGAUUCAUCUUUUUCUUCAGUGAUCCAUGCCACUUGGUCAAAACAGCUCGAAACUGCUUGUUUAACUCUGGUUCAGGUCAAAGUAGUCGCUACAUGUGGAACAAUGGCAAAUACCUAAUUUGGAGGCACAUCACUGGUGCAUUUCAAGCUGACCUAGAUCGAGGCCUGAAGCUUCUACCAAGGCUAACCACUGAUCACAUCAAGUUGAACAGUUAUUCGAAGAUGAAGGUGCGUUUAGCAGCUCAGGUGCUGAGUUCAAGUGUAGCUGCCGUAUUAAGAUCAUUUUACUCUGCAGAUACAAGUGCAACAGCUGACUUUUGUGACAACAUUGAUAAAUUUUUUGAUUGUCUAAAUGUAAGAAGUUGUCAUGAGCAUGAAAGAAAGAGAAAAAACUUUCUAAAACCCUAUGUUUCGAUCGAUGAUGAACGUUUCAAAUGGCUCAAAGAAGAAUUCCUAGGCUACCUUAAGCAAUGGAAACAGACCAUUUCAACUCGCCAAGGUGAAAUUUCUGAUGCUGCCAAAGAAAAGAUGUUUAUUUCAAAGCAGACCUAUGAGGGACUUCAAAUAACUGUCUAUUCUGCUGUAGAAUGUGUGCAGCAGCUUUUGAGAAGUGGCAUGCCUUAUGUUUUAAUGGAGAGAUUUAGCCAAGAUGAUUGUGAAGAGUAUUUUUCCUGUCAAAGAGCCAUUGGGAGAAGUAGUGAAAACCCAAAUAUGCAGCAAUUUGGAUACAAUGCAAAUAAUAUCCGUGUUGGUAUGGCUGUUUCAACAGUUACAGGAAAUACUAGCGGGAAAUACCAUGGAUUAAAAAAGAAAAAAUCAUGGUAUGAAAUAAAUGAUUCAAAACUUAAGAAGCGAAAGACUAAAGACAAUGAAAAGAAAUAACAGUCUACUUUUUUUAGUUAACAUUGGUUUAAAUUUGUGUAUUUUGACUGGCAAAAUGUAGGGUAAAGCUAUCCUUCUAGGGU